GUGACAUUUAUGUUAUUAUUAGUAGUAAGAUUAUCUAGUUUAUUACUCUUUAUUAGAACUCUAGUUAUAAAAAGAUUUGUACUUAAUAUUUUUAGAGCUUCAUUUUCUUCAUAUGAGUGUAGAUUUAUAACAAUAAUGAAUUUUAAAAAUUUUUACACUUUACAAUUCUUUAUCAUCAGACUGUCUUUCAUACUUUUUGAUUUAGAAAUUUUACUAUUUUUACCUUUUAUUUAUUCAGAAUCUAGAAAUUCUUCUUCGAUUUAUUGGGCCUUAUUCUUUCUAUUUUUUGUUUCUUAUCUUUUAGUAUAUGAGUUAUCCAUAAAUGUGAUGUCUCACUGGUAA